UCGAGUUCUCAUGUGACAUCUUCAUGUGUCACGUGACUGUCACCCAUCUUCCUCCAACGUUAAUCUGUCCUAAGAACCUAACAUUGUCCUAAUCCCCAUCUGGCCUUCCUUUUCCUCCCAAACACUCUUCACUUCAUCACUCAUUCUCCCUUCCAUCAUCGCAAUGCACACCAGGAUGCAUCUUAGCCGCAGACGGGCACGGGCAGCGUAGCUUUCCCAUGAUGCUGAGCGGCGGCAGGGCCUCGCCGUGGCGGAAUGGCCCGCCCUACCUGGGCUGAGGGGUGGGAGGUCAGGCCCAGGUGGGCCCUGCGGGGGUUCCGACGCCACCGCGCCCUCAUGUGGCAGCGGAUGCAGAGGCUGACGCGGGCGUGCCGCCGCGGCGUGGGCUGUACCCUCGGCUACAAUGACCAUGACCGCGACGAGCAGGAGAUGGUGUGCCUUGAGCCCAUGGGAUCAGAGCCGAUGGAGAUGCGAAAGAGGCAGAUGUCGGUGCAGCAGGAGUCGGCAGCGGGGGGGACCGCACCGGCCCACCAGGGCCAGCCGGGCCAGGCCAACCCACGGGGGUCCAACGCUUGUUGCUUCUGCUGGUGCUGCUGCUGUAGCUGCUCUUGGAACGAGGACAGAGAUGAGAGGAACCGGAAGGCAUCGUACGACGUCAAAGAAGGGGCCGCGGACUGUGAAGACUGCCCCAAGCCCACCCUGGAGGAGGUGUGCUCGUGGGCCCAGUCCUUCGACAAGCUCAUGAGCUGCCCGGCCGGACGCAACUCCUUCCGCCAGUUCCUGCGCACCGAGUUCAGCGAGGAGAACAUGCUCUUCUGGCUCGCCUGCCAAGAGUUCGCCAAGGAGAGCAACAAGGGCUCCGUGGAGGAGAAGGCUCGCAUCAUCUACGAGGAUUACAUCUCCAUCCUCUCUCCGAAAGAGGUGAGCCUAGACUCGCGGGUGCGCGAGUCCAUCAACCGGAACAUGCAGGAGCCCACGUUGCACACGUUCGACGACGCCCAGCUACAGAUCUACACGCUCAUGCAAAGAGACUCGUACCCGCGCUACAUGAACUCCCCGUCCUACAAAAACCUGCUCAACGCUCUGUCCGAACAGUCGCCCGAAUCUUAAAAACAAACAAAAAAAAAAAACCCCAAGACCUGUGAUCCAUUUUUUUUUUGGGGGGGGGGGGUAUUUUUCUUUUUUUUUUUGUCUCCCCUCUCUUGUGUCCAGUGCAGGAUUUACACCGACCAAGCGGGCCGCCGCAAUACUCUGGGAAUUCUCAGCAGCAGACGCUCAGGUCUCAGCAUCUCGCGAGGGCUCCACAUCACAAGUACUGCGAACACUACGACAUAGCAACACGACACUCCAAAGGAACUUCUCGUACUUUGACUCCUCCCUCUUUUCAUAGAAAUAAUCUAUUUUAGUUGACUUUUCUUUUUUUAAAUUGGUUUUUCUCAAGGGACGGGGAGGAGUAAAGGAUUGCUACUUUAGACUACAUAUAUUGUGAGUUUGUAAAUAGAACAAUUGGAAUUGUGGGUAUUUUACGUGGAGAUAUUGAACUGAGUGAUCAUAGUCAAAAUUCAAAGGCAAAAGCUACGAGCUCGCUCGGCUUUGUGGGCAGCCUUUGACCUUGGUUUCACCUUGUUUUUGUAUUUCUAUUUUUUUACAACCUAACCUCACUCUUGGGUAUGCGUGACUUGGCAACUCCUUUUGUGUGAUGUGAGCAAUUUCAAUCACCCCCCCCCCCGCCCAACCCAUAAUUA